AUGUUCCCUUACCCCUCCGGCACGCUGCAUUUAGGCCAUCUGCGCGUCUACACCAUAUCAGAUGUCCUGGCACGCUUCCAGCAGAUGCAAGGUCAUGAUGUACUGCAUCCAAUCGGCUGGGACGCUUUUGGUCUGCCUGCUGAGAAUGCGGCCAUCGAGCGCGGAGUCCACCCUGGAAAAUGGACGUUGCAAAACAUUGAUGCGAUGAAGGAACAGAUGAAGCUCAUGGGCGGCCAUUGGUCGUGGGAUAGGGAGCUCCGCACUUGCGAUCCCGCCUUCUACAAACACACCCAGCGCCUCUUCCUCAUGCUUUUCGAGCGCGGACUCGCCUACCAAGCCGAAUCACUCGUCAACUGGGAUCCCGUCGACGAGACCGUACUGGCGAACGAACAAGUGGAUGCCAAUGGCUAUUCGUGGCGGUCUGGUGCCAAGGUGGAGAAGAAGAUGCUCAAGCAAUGGUUCCUCAAGAUCAAGGAGUUCCAGGAACCGCUAUUGAAAGACUUGGAUUCACUCGCAAAGGAUGGAAUGUGGCCGGAACGAGUGCUGGCCAUGCAGAAGAACUGGAUUGGUCGGUCUGAAGGCACUAAGCUGAGCUUCGAUAUCGAGACGGAUAGCGAGAGCCCAAUGAAGCUGGAGCCGGUUGAGGUUUACACUACGCGCGCCGAUACACUUUUUGGGGUGGAGUACAUUGCUCUGUCUCUCAACCACCCAAUUGUGCAAAUUCUUGCCAAAGAACACGAGGCUCUGCAAAAGUUCCUAGUCCUUGCUAAAGACUUCGCACCGGACUCAAAGGAAGGCUUUCAACUCCCUGGUAUCCGUGCUAAGAACCCCAUUGCGGACUUGGUCAACGACAACAACAUCAGCAAAACUUUGCCCGUCUUUGUGGCUCCUUACGUGCUGGAUGACUAUGGUUCAGGAGCCGUCAUGGGUGUCCCUGGUCACGAUGCGCGAGAUUUUGCAUUCUGGAAGCAGCCCAAGCAGUCUAUUUCUGGCCCUGUUGAGUUCGAUUCUCCCAUAAAGCUCGUCAUCCAUCCCGAACAACGUUCUUCAACUUCCUCCGAGACCAUGGCGGAAUCUGCAGGAGAUCAGCCUCUACUUAGCAAGGGCUUCCUGGUAUCUAGCGAUGACGGUUUCAACGGUCUGACCUCUGAUCAGGCCAUCCAGGUAAUCACAGAGCAGCUUCAACAGGGUGGUAAGCUUGCCGAACGGACAGAGAAUUGGCGUCUACGCGACUGGUUGAUCAGUCGCCAGCGGUACUGGGGUUGUCCAAUUCCCAUUGUUCAUUGUGAUAACUGCGGACCGGUUCCUGUACCACCAAGCGAUCUACCAGUAGAACUACCUGAUCUCCCCGCAUCUUUCUUCCAGGGUCAAAAAGGCAACCCGCUUGCUGAGGACAGGAACUUCAAGGAAUGCAAGUGUCCAAAGUGCGACAGGCCUGCUCAGCGUGAAACUGAUACCAUGGAUACCUUCAUGGACUCCUCGUGGUACAUGUUCAGAUUCUUGGACUCGGAGAACAAGACAUCACUCGUGGCUCCUGAGAAAGCGAAUGCGGGCAUGCCUGUCGAUGUCUACAUUGGAGGUGUAGAGCAUGCUAUUCUGCAUCUUCUUUACGCUCGUUUUAUAUCGAAAUUCCUAGCGACCACGGACGUUUGGCCCGAAGGCCACAGAGCUCUAGGAGAGCCUUUCAAGCGUCUCAUCACUCAAGGUAUGGUGCAUGGAAAGACGUAUUCCGACCCAGCCACUGGGCGAUUCCUACGCUCCGAUGAGCUCGACUUUACCAAACGUUCCGAACCCACCAUCAAAGGGACUGAAGUGGUGCCAAAGGUCAGCUACGAGAAGAUGUCGAAGAGCAAAUACAAUGGUGUUGAUCCAGGCGCCACGAUUGCCAAGUACGGUGCGGAUGUCACACGAGCGCACAUGCUCUUCCAAGCACCCGUCAGUGACGUCCUCGAGUGGGAUGAACAGAAGAUCACCGGCGUGCAGCGCUGGCUCUCGAGGGUUCUUAAACUGUCUCACGCCAAAUGGUAUCCCACGACGGAGAUCGGCGAUUUCAAACCGCCACACGCGCUAGAUGUGUCUGUGAUGGAGCUUCUAACUCACAUGGCAGACUUGGCGAUUCUUAAGCCUGUGUCGGGACAAAAUAUCGCCUCGAAGGAAGAAUGCCUUCUUAUGGCCCUCGAUCCCGCCGAAAAGGCUUUGCUAUCUUCCACACAACAGAUCAUCGCCACUGUUUCGAAAGCCUACUCAGAAACGUACUCUCUAAACACCAUCGUCAGCGAUCUUAUGACACUCACAAACACGAUCUGGGACACACCGCACAAAUCCAUCAACACGCCGUGGUUCAAGUGGUAUGCCACAAUACACCUCCUUCGCAUGUUGGCUCCUAUCGCUCCAGGUGUCGCAGAAGAAUGCUGGCAACUCCUUAUCCCAAAAAUGAACCGUAAAGUACGCGGCGACCAGCCUCACCCUCUCCGCGCUUCUACAGAGACCGAACCCGGCCCUUCCAUCUUCACAUUCGGUUUUCCGAAGGCGGACAUGGGGGCGAUUCCCAAGCUGAACACGACGACUACGUGCGUUGUACAACUUAACGGCAAGAGAAAAUUUCAGAUCGAGAUGACAAAGAUACCUGUCUCAAUCAAGGACAAGGACCAGGAAAGCCUUAGGAAAUUUGCACUCGAAGAGUUGCUGAAGACGGAGGAAGGAAGCAAGUUCUUUGACAAGCAGAAUGGUCCUAUUUGGAAAGAGAGCGACACUCAGGAAGCGGAUGGGAUAUACAAGGAGAUUCCCCAGGGCUGGAACAUGAUCGUCGUCAAAAGGUGCCAACUGAUAAACUUUGUGCGCCCGAAGGGAUACAAGCCUAAGAAAGAAGAGAAUGACGCGUCAAACGGAGAUGCAUCAGGACCAAUCCAUACAUCCCCACAGCAGAACCCAAAAGCGACGGCAGCCGAUAAAACAGAGCCUUCGGCUGCCGGAGAAACAAAGGCCUCGAACAAAGAAGACGUCGACGAAAAGCAAACGUACGUAUCAACAUCAGCCCUCCCCACUAGCGACGAGAUCCUGGACGUAUUCCCACUCACCUUACCCUCCCCGUCCUCCCACGCGCGACGUAAAGCCACCUCAACCCCUCCUCCUACCAAAAAGCAAUCUCAUUCACCCGAUCCCAACUCCAAUUCCCCUAUCAAGUCAACCCUCCCCGCCUUGAACGAGUUCGGCUGGCUCAUUGCCCAGCGAUCCGAGCGCUCAAAGCUGGAGCAAGAACGAUUCGCCGCAGACUUCAUAAAGUUGUACAUGUCUGUGAAACCGGACCAGCGGGGGAUAAUAAGGCGCUCCUGCAAGAAGAACGGGAGAAUAUGGAUCGACAAAGAGGUGAAAAAGUUCAGGAGGGGUUAUUGA